UGCGCACUGUGCAGGACGCGGCCCCGGCGAGCGGCGCGCGUGCCCGGGCAGGCCCACCGUUUGGCGCAGCUCGGUGACGGGGACGCGGGCUCGCGAGCGGGGAGGAAGCCGGGGCCGGAGUCGGAGCGCGCGCCGCUGCCCAGCCCGGCCGCCCCGGCCCUGCAGAUGGUGGCUCCGCGACCCGCCCGGGGCCCUGCGCUCCUGCUCCUCCUCCUCUUCCUGCUGGUCACCGCGCGCGGCCAGGAACAGGACCAGACCACCGACUGGAGAGCCACCCUCAAGACCAUCCGCAACGGCAUCCACAAGAUAGACACGUACCUCAACGCCGCGCUGGACCUGCUGGGCGGAGAGGACGGGCUCUGCCAGUACAAGUGCAGCGACGGAUCGAAGCCUGUUCCACGCUAUGGAUAUAAACCGUCACCACCAAACGGAUGUGGCUCUCCUCUCUUUGGUGUUCAUCUGAACAUCGGCAUCCCCUCCCUGACCAAGUGCUGCAACCAGCACGACAGGUGCUACGAGACCUGCGGGAAAAGCAAGAACGACUGUGACGAGGAGUUCCAGUACUGCCUCUCCAAGAUCUGCAGAGAUGUGCAGAAGACACUCGGACUAGCUCAGAACGUCCAGGCAUGUGAGACAACGGUGGAGCUCCUCUUUGACAGCGUCAUCCACCUAGGCUGCAAGCCGUACCUGGACAGCCAGCGGGCGGCAUGCUGGUGUCGUUAUGAAGAGAAAACAGAUCUGUAAAGAAGCCCCCGACAGCUGGUCAGCAGGCCGGAACAAGGACUGUCCUUGCCAAAGGUCCGAUGCUUCUUGCACAGCCUAACGCUGCCUUAGUUUUGUGACGAUGGGCCAGUUUUGAGACCUUACUAGACUGUGUUUUGAUUUUAAAACGUCAAAGUGCAAAAGGAGGGGGCCACGAAGAAGCAGGAGGGGGAGGUUGCCCAGGACGGAUGGAGCAGGACAUCCGAGAGCAAGUGUGCCCCCUGGGCCUCGCUGCCCCAGUAGCUCCCCCAAGCUGGGAAGAAGCGCUUAAGCUCGAGUGACUUGGUUUUCAUAGCUGUACGUAACAAUAAACAUGAAAGCGAAUGUAAAAUUCAUUGUAAGGACUUUUCAGCAUUAUUUUAUUUUGAAAUGGAGGACAAUCUUCUCUUAGAACUAUUAUUUAUUUUGAAAUUUCAAAUAUACAUUUAUACCAGGAGAAACUAUCAUUUCUCCAUUUUAAUUAUACAUAAUGUGUUGUUUCUCUGGAGUCCACUAAGUUAGGUAUGAAUCUGUUACUCACAAUCACAAGGUUUCCGAGUAUGCAUCUCUUGUACAGUUGGAAUCAGGAGCUGAUACUUCUCUCCAGAGACAACCCAGGACAUCUAAGUCUUGUGAUGUGCACAAUAGUCAGAAACCCAACACCCCAGCACUACUGUUUCACAACCACUUACAGCAAACGCCAUCUUUUGCUGUGAAUUCUGGGAAUGACAGAUUUAACGAGGCAGAUCCUUGCUCUAGGCGGCCGAGUUUGUGGUUACCCUCUGGUCUCCGUUCCUCAUCUUCUGUUCUGAGUAGUGUUAAAGUCUGACGUUUUCUAAUGGAGUCUUAAUAAAAGCUAUUCUUGAUAAUAA